AUGCCGUCGACGAUGCAACGUGAAGCACAUCGUCCUGUGUAUGACGCGUUCACAGUAUCCAGUAAUAGCAACAAAGCCAGAUCUGUGGAUCCGUUUCUUGUCCGUUCUCAUUCGAAUCCUAAUCAGCAUACCACCUACGUCGCAUGGUCAGCUGCUUCUCCGGAGUCGUUGUCGACCACGAGAAAUUCGUCAUCAUCUUCGUCGCCGACAAUGUCACGGCAUGUGCCGGUUAUCAGACAGACUUCUCCUGAACUAUCAACACUACUUCCGAACGAUGUCAUUGCUUCUUUGCCAAACUGCGUAGUGGACUCAGCUCGAAGGCCAUCUACGCAUGAGGGAGUGAACUAUCGAUCGCUUCCCAAGGCACCUGGAGAUGUGUCAAUGAGUCGCGUCCAACUGAUUCUUUGCUUAUCGGCUGCAAGCAAAAAAUUAUCACCUAAUAUUCAUCGCGGCGUACAGUUGCGAAUUUCUGAAUUGAGAGAUGCUAUGGAUGAAGGACGAAUUUCUGAAAGGUGUCUCAAAAGUCUCAACUACGUCGUAGAUUUCAUCGACAGAGAGAAGUACGAUGAUGCUCACACUUUUUUUGAACGACUGAGAAGCGACUUUCCGGACGAAAUGGAUCUGCUAAUUGCCGCCUUUACAAUUUCGGACCUCAGUCAAUACGGCAUAUUGCGUCAUGUCUCAUUGGGAAGACCAUCAGCUUCCGCUACAAAUGUAACGAAUGUUUAA